AUGGAAUCGUACCGUAAAUAUAGUUCGAGACAUCAUGACUCGCGUCACCACAGCAAGCACCAUAAACAUCGACACCGCCACCAUCACUAUAGAUAUGAUGAAGAGGAAUAUGAAUCGCAUCGUGUUCACCAGCGACAUCACAACCACAGAAGCAGUGAUGAAGAUAGUGAAUAUGAGCAUAACAGAAAUCCAUCUACAAGGGUUGAGAAACCUCCUUCACCAAUGUAUCAUCAACCUACUAGAAGGCCAACUACUCCUCCGCCGCCACCACCACCACCACCACCACAACAAACAGUAUCAAUUAGUGAAAAGCCAAAAGAACGCAAUUGGAAACUUUUGGCCGAUCCAUUUCUCAGUAAAGCAGUCACUAAAAUAUAUCGCUACGAUGGUGUUUUAGAUCCCUCGUUACCUGAAUUGCCCAAUGACGAUCCACGAAGAGCAUAUAAAAUUUUUACUUUGCCCAUUGAAUUGCCAGUGCCUAAAUUUAAGCUUGACAGAAACUACAUUGGCCAACGUCCUGAAGUAGAAGUAACUUUUUCUAAUUUAAACGAUAAUAUUGAUAAAGUGUUUCUGACUGACUUGGUAGUGAAAUUUGGAAAAAUAGAAUUGUUACAAAUAUUCUACCACCCAGUCACUAAAAAACAUUUGGGUUUAGCCAAAAUUAUUUUUGAAGAGGCAUCAUCAGCUAGACACUGUGUUCAAAGGUUAAAUGAUACAUCUGUGAUGGGAAAAGUUGUCAGUGUAUUUUUGGACCCUUUUGCUUCAGAAUGUAAAUCAAUGUUUGAUAAGAUGACGGAAGAAAAACCAAAACCUUUGUUGGAAGUACCUAAAAGUAAACCACUUCCUAUUUCUAAUCGAGAUCGACGGUCAGUUAAAAUUUCUAAAUCCAAAGAAGAAUCUUCUGUUAAACCUCAGACGGAAGAGAAACCAUCAUUGCCACCCAAAACAGAUAAUUACAAAAAUUAUAGUUAUGACUAUACCACUCCUUCUCCAGCCACUAGUGACCUUCCAUCAGAGCAAAGUUAUAGCAGUGGAUAUAACAGUAUGGGUGGUACUCCUGCAUACAACGGGACUUAUCCACCCUAUUCCUUUAAUAGAUAUCCUUGCAGUGUUCCUCCAGUACCAAAUAACCAUUGGUGGGGAGAAUCUAGUCCUAUACCCCCACCUUUACCUUCAGCACCAGCACCAGCAUCAAUAUCAGUACCUGCACCAGCACCAUCCUCUAAGUUAGAUUCUGAAGCACAAUCAAAAUUGGAUUUAGAUACUAGAAUUGAAAUGAUGCUUAGUGGCAUGUCUUCUCAAGGUGCUAGUGUAGAGCCUGCAUUUUUAUCUAUUGUGAAAAAAGAACCUGAUGAUGUUUCUGAUAUUGUGGAAGAUACCAUUGAUGAUGAUAAUAGUCUGAAUAUUCCUCCACCGCCUGGAGAUAAUGACAAUCAAUCUGAUUUAGACGAAGAAAAGAUUAGCAAUGAUGAAGAAACGUUACCUCCACUUUCUAAUCCUCCAUCACCUUUCUUGUCAAAAGAUGUUUAUAUUAAGUGUUUUGAAACUGCAGCCGAACAGUUAAAAAUUACUAGAGAAAAAGAGAAAUUGGAAGCAAAAAGCUUCUUAAAUAAUACUAUAAGAAAUGUAAUUAAUAAGAAUAUGCACGAUUCUUUGCACAGUGAUAUCAGCUCCAGUGAUGACGAAUUCAUGUUAGGGUCAAGUCUUAAAGGAAACACUCCUGAUGAUGCAAUGAGUUUAUCUAGUUUGUCAUCUCGCGAUGAGAAAAUUGUGGAAAAUGAUCCUAAUAUACCACCUCAAUAUCCACCAUUGCCAAAUUAUCCUCCUCAAGGAUAUUAUUAUCCACCACAAUUUAACAAUCAUUAUGGCUAUCAAUAUUUUCCAUACCCUCCUAAUUAUCCAUAUGGUCCUCCGUUACCUAGAGCUAAGUUCUAUGAACCAGAACUACCACGUGAUAGGCCUGAAAAUAAAAAUUACCCAGCGGAACUUAGAAAGAAUUUAAUGAAUGCAGUGUUAUAUGAGUUAAGAGUUAUUAUUAAACGCGACCUUAUGAAGAAAAUGGGGACAGCUGUGGCUUUUAAUGCUCUGGAUCAAUGGUGGGAAGAAGCUGAAAGGCAGUCAAAAUCUACUAGCAUGACUAACGAAGAGCCUAAAUCUGCACAACCAGCUCCUAACCUUAAUAGUAUCUUGGAAGCUGGCACGGAAGGCUUAGAAACAUUGGCUCUAAGUGGAUUAGGUUUAGGAUUCCGAGCCGCUAUUCCUAAAAUGCCAUCAUUCCGUAGAAAAAAGAAGGAACCAUCACCCAAGAAAACAAAUGAAGAAGAUGACGGAAGUGAUCAAGAAGAAAUGGUUAUAACGUCAGACAAUGAAGCCAAAGAUAUUGAUGAUGAUGAAGUGACUAGACCUACAUUUGCGGAACGAAAACGUUUGGGAAGAGACCUGUUUGACAGUGAUAGUAAUUCUUCUACUUCUGAACUGUCAGUUCAUAGUUCUUCUGAAGAAGAGUCUAGUAAUGAUAGCUCUAGUAAUGAGGGUUCAUCUGACGGAUUUGUCUGGCAAAAUAAACUGAAAAAAUUAUGUAAAACUAUGACAAUGGAUGAUUUUGAUAGAGUCAGGGAGCUCACACCUACUGGAAAUGAAACUCCUGUAGAAAUAGAUAAUUUACCAAGUUCUGAUGAAGAAGGAUCAUUUGUGAAGUAUAAACGUGAUGAUAAAGCUGUGAAACGAAAGAUUGAAGAUGAACAUUUAGAUAAAGAAGUUGAACCUAAAAAACGUUUACUUAAUGGAGAAAAAACCCCCACUGAAGAAACCCCAAGUGGAGUAUUUUCAGAUCAUUCAUAUUGUAUGCCUCAACAGGUAUACAGUCCUCCUCCUAUAUCUGAUUGGGAAACUGAUGUUGACAUAAAUGAUAAGUCUAAGAAUGUAAUAAUCCAACCAGUAAUAAAUGAACAGAAAAUACCAGAAGUUUUUCCAACAAAAAUAAAACAGCCGUUAACUGUCAGAGAUAACAAUAAAAUAGAAAACACAGAUCAGUUAAUUGUACAAAAACAUCGUGAUAACCAAGUUAAAACUAAAUAUUUCAACAAACGAGAUAUGGUACAAGAAGCAACUGUAUUAUUUGAGUUCCUUACUAAGGGUAUAGAUGUGGAAGAUAUUAACUAUUUAAAGCAAAGCUAUGAUUCGCUGUUGUCCAAUGAUACUGUACAUUACUGGAUGAAUGAAACACAUUGGGUCAGCCAUCCAGUGACAGCAGUAUCAAAUCAGAUUCCACGCAAAAAGAAAAAAGACGAAUGGAAAGUUCAUGAUACGGGAUGUGGUAGAACUGAAGGUUAUUAUAAAGUGGACAGUAAACAAAAAGCUAAUCAUAAGUAUCAUUUUGGACACACAAUUGCUCAAUUAAACCGUAUCACAGAGCUUAAACGUGUAAAAGAAUCUACUGGCAAAAUGUUAGCUCUUUCUCGUGAAGCACGGAGUAACCAGAGAAGGUUAUUAACAGCGUUUGGGGCUACGUCAGACAGUGAUUUGCUCAAAUUCAAUGUGUUAAAGUUCCGUAAGAAACAAUUGAAAUUUGGAAAGUCUGCUAUACACGAUUGGGGUUUGUUUGCUAUGGAGUCUAUUGCAGCUGAUGAAAUGGUUAUUGAGUAUGUAGGGCAAAUGGUUCGCCCUGUAGUUGCUGAUCUACGUGAAAGACAAUAUGAAGCCACUGGAAUAGGUAGUUCAUAUCUAUUCAGAAUAGAUUUGGAUACCAUUAUUGAUGCUACCAAAUGUGGUAAUCUGGCAAGAUUCAUUAAUCAUAGCUGUAAUCCUAAUUGCUAUGCCAAGAUAAUUCAGAUUGAUGGGCAAAAAAAAAUAGUCAUAUAUAGUAAGCAGCCAAUUGGAGUAAAUGAGGAAAUAACUUAUGAUUAUAAAUUCCCACUCGAAGAUAAUAAAAUACCAUGUCUUUGUGGUACCCAUUGUUGCCGUGGAACGCUCAACUAG